AUGGAGAUUAACAGUGGAUCAAACUCUUAUUUCUGGUGGGACAAUUGGUCCCCUUUGGGAAGGUUGAUAGAGCUAACAGGUGAUGGUGGUUGUAUUGCACUGGGUAUUCCUAUAAACUCUACGGUGGAGAGAGCUAUUCAGCUAUACAAGAUGAGACUUCAUCGGCUCCCGGUAUUUCGUCAGAUAGAACAGGAAGUAUUGAAGCUGAGAAACCAAGGUCUGAAUACACUAGAGGAUGUCUGUUUGUGGAAGCAGGAGAAUGGAAAUUUUAAAAUGGGGUUCAGUACUUCACAUACCUGGAACAUCACUCGAUCCUCUUCACCGAAGGUUGGUUGGAGCAGAGGUAUUUGGAUUGCAGAGAUUACCCCAAAAUUUGCUUUCAUAACGUGGCUUGCGAUGCACAAUAGACUAGCAACAGGGGACAGGGUAUUAAGAUGGAAUCCUCAAGCCAUCACUACAUGUUGGCUUUGUAAGGAGGAGACUGAAACCAGAGACCAUAUGUUGUUUGAAUGCUCAUACUCUAAAGAAGUGUGGAAGGGGAUUAUCGGUAAUUUGGCUGGUAAUGGAAACGGCUACAGUUGGGUUCAAGUGACUCAAGUCGUGGUUAAUGGACUGCAGGAGAGAAUUCCUACUUUUCUUUUGAGAUACAGUUUUCAAGCAGUAGUUUACGCUCUAUGGCAUGAGAGGAAUGUUAGAAGGGUUGGGGAAUCAUCACAGCCAGCUUCAUGUCUGAUAUCAAGGAUAGAUAAGUUGGUGCGAAAUAGAAUCACCUCUCUUAGAAAGAGAAAUGGAGGGAGAUACGAGAAAGCGAUGGAGAUUUGGUUUGGAAGAUUAUAA